AACAAUAAUAGACGGAGGCAGGCAGAGUCGCAGACACAACCCUCCUCCUAUAUUAAUGCGUUGAGGCGACUUGUUUCUCUCUCUCUCCUUCUCUUGCAUUUUCUCUUGUUUUUCUGUAAAACCCUAACUCUCUCUAAUCAAUCGAUUACCCCACCCACACUCUCUCUCUCUCAAUAUCCCAUCCAUAUCUCUCUCCGCAUUCGCCUGCCAACUUUCGGCUUUCACUUCCCAAACCAUCAAUUCGCUUUGGAAUCAUCCUUUCUUUUUUUCUUUUCUUUUUCUUUUUGCCCAUUCCAAUUCAAGUUUCGGAACGAUCUCUAGUAUUACCCAUUUCCAAUCCAAUUUUGCGUAAAUUGAUCUCAGUUUUUUUUUUAUUAAGUAGGGUUUUGAGAGAGCAAGGCUGGCGAUUGGCGCUGGGCACUGGUGAUGGCGGAUCCGCCACAAGUCCGCCGACAGUUGGUGCUCGAAUCUCGGAUUUCUGCGAUUUUAGGGUUUCAAACGACGUUGGUAGAAGAGACGGAGGAAUUUAAUUCGCCAGAGGUUAGGGGAAAAUGCUGAGUGUGCUGCGGGUGCACCUGCCAUCUGAUAUACCAAUUGUAGGGUGCGAGUUGACGCCGUAUGUGCUCCUGAAGCGCCCCGAUAAGUCUGUUAUUACCGAUGAUGUUACUGAGUUGAACCCCGUUGAUGGGCAUUUCUUAAGAUAUAGAUGGUACCGCAUACAAAGUGAUAGGAAAGUUGCAGUUUGUAGUGUUCACCCAACAGAGCAAGCUACAUUACAAUGCCUUGGGUGUGUUAAGGCCAAAUUACCUGUUGCCAAGAGUUACCAUUGUUCUCCUAAGUGCUUUUCUGAUGCCUGGCAACAUCAUCGUGUUCUGCAUGAGCGAGCUGCCAGUGCUGUGAAUGAAAAUGGAAAUGAGGAGGAAGAAAUUUUUGGGCGAUAUAAUAGUACUGGCAGUACGACAUCAGGUAUGGUUAAUAUGAGUACAUCUCAGUCAAAUACCAGCUUGUCAAAUGGCACCGCUGCUUUGUAUCCUGCUGCAGUUACUCAGAGGAGUGGUGGUGAAACGUGGUUUGAAGUUGGACGCUCUAAGACGUAUACACCAACAGCUGAUGAUAUUGGUCAUGUCCUUAAAUUUGAGUGUGUCGUGGUAGACGCUGAAACAAAAUUACCCGUGGGACCUACCAAUACCUUAUUAACUUCCCGUGUCAUUCCAGCUCCAUCACCCAGUCCACGGCGCUUGAUCUCUGUGAGUGGAGUAGAUGUGCCUGGGCAUCUAGAUUUGGAUGGUCGCAUUUCCUCGGGAGUGACGUUUACUGUGCUGUCAUACAACAUUUUAUCUGAUGCAUAUGCGUCAAGUGAAUUGUACAGCUAUUGCCCCUCUUGGGCUCUUUCUUGGACCUACCGCAGGCAAAACCUAUUACGAGAAAUAGUUGGCUAUCGCGCUGACAUUGUUUGUCUUCAAGAGGUUCAAAGCGAUCAUUUUGAGGAAUUCUUUGCACCUGAGCUGGAUAAACAUGGCUAUCAAGCUCUGUUUAAAAGGAAAACAGCAGAGGUUUUUGGUGGAAAUAUAAACACCAUCGAUGGUUGUGCUACUUUCUUCCGGCGUGAUAGAUUUUCACAUGUUAAAAAAUAUGAGGUUGAGUUUAACAAAGCUGCACAAUCUCUGACUGAUGCUUUGGUCCCAAGUGCACAGAAGAAAAAUGCCUUAAACAGACUGGUCAAGGAUAAUGUUGCGCUCAUUGUGGUUCUAGAAGCAAAGUUCGGUAACCAUGGCAUUGAUAACCCUGGGAAGCGCCAGCUUGUUUGUGUGGCAAACACACAUGUAAAUGUGCAUCAAGACUUGAAAGAUGUCAAGCUUUGGCAGGUGCACACACUGUUGAAAGGCCUUGAGAAAAUUGCUGCAAGCGCAGAUAUCCCAAUGUUGGUGUGUGGGGAUUUUAAUUCAAUUCCUGGAAGUGCCCCUCAUGCUCUCCUUGCCAUGGGGAAAGUUGAUCCUCUUCAUCCAGAUUUAGCCAUAGACCCUCUCGGAAUUCUUCGCCCUGCUGCCAAACUAACACACCAGCUGCCCUUGGUAAGUGCUUACUCAUCCUUUGCAAGAGUUGGGGUUGGUCUUGGUCUAGAGCAGAGAAGGAAAAUGGAUCCUGCUACAAAUGAACCCCUUUUUACGAACUGCACUAGAGAUUUUAUUGGCACUCAUGAUUACAUAUUCUAUUCAGCCGACUCCUUAACUGUGGAGUCUCUGUUGGAGCUCUUGGACGAAGAUAGCUUGCGAAAAGAUACUGCUCUUCCUUCUCCUGAAUGGUCAUCAGAUCACAUAGCACUCUUAGCUGAAUUCCGCUGCAAACCUAGGACUAGACGUUAACAAUAGGUCUGUCCCAAAGAAGAAUUUCGAAAAAUGGUAACGGGACAGGAAAACCGAUUGUAAUGAUAGAUCAUUCUCCCUGUUCAUUUUCUAGGUGCACCCCCUGUGGGAUUGUAUUAUCAUGCCACCUUUGUCUCAUAGAAAAAAUUAUGAUAACGCAUUGGUUGUUUUCCUCCAUUUUACUCUUCUUUGAAAUAGAAAUAUAUAGGUAGAGUAACAUCUGCUGUGCUACGCGAUGUGUUUGUAAUUGCUUGUAAUUGCUUGGAAGAAGUAGGUCCAAUAGUAGCCGGGAAAUGUUGGUUGCUCUCGCGCUUUGAAACAAUUAAAGACGUUGCCAACGUGCCCAGAGGGGCUUGGCCGUUUUUCCAGAAGUAUUGAUGGCGCAAACCUACAUAGUUAUAAUGUUCGUGGGCCAGUUGCUAUUAAAUUUAACCACAAUGGUUAUCUUGGGA